AUGGUGCUCUAUAAACGGAAGCCGGUGCAGUUUCUGCCCCCGGCUGAGGUCGAAGACGAGGACACCGAGCGUCGGUUCAAUGACGAGAUCACGGGCCAUUCUGGCCUGACUUUCUUUGAGGCCCUCACAAGCGAGCGUGCUGGUGGUCAAGAAGUGGAGGCUGCUUUCCCCGAAGCGCUCAAGGGCCCUAUUCUGCGCAAAGUCCAGUUCCAGACCAUUUCCCGCCUGGAUAACCUCGUGGACAUGGUAUAUGACGAAUUCAAAGCCGACUUUUAUCCGGGAGAGGAUGUCUUUGUUACCCUUGACGAGUUCAACAACGAGAGACGCCCCUGUCUCGUGCGCGAGAAGACAACCUUUGGUGCCAGAAUCUUACCAGACGGAUCCAGCUCUCUCCCUACAAGCCGGUAUCUGGUUGUUCUCGGCGGUGGAUCUGGGCAAGAGCAAAUCGUGACUGAUGAUAACCUCAGUCGUGAGCGUGGCGCCUUCACAAAAUCCAUGCUCCGGUCUUUCAUAAAGAGAACAGUUACCAGGGAGGCAUGGAAUGGCGCGCCAUGGCUUGUGAAGAAUGAUUACGCUGCCCAGUACCACAUCGACACCAGGAUCCCCCCUCACCUUCGACAUGACACUAAAAUCCAGGAACGUAGACAGCUUCUGGCGCAGAAGCGCGAGCAGAACUCGCUGGAUGGCAUAAAUGGACAUGGUGCCGUGCCGACUGGUCCAGUGCGUCUACCUGAAUUGAAGCCUGCUCCCAAAAGCCACAAGGGCAAGCAGACUCCAGGCGGCUCAGGGGCCAAGGGUCUCAAGUGGCCUGGCGAUAUGGUCCACGAUGGUGUAAACGGUGCUGGUUAUUCAAGACACGACGAACAAGCUGCUCUGCCACGCGAGCCGACACCUCCGCCCCCGCCUCCUCCACCAAAAUAUCCUAUUGAAGAUCUGCAACUCGAGCCACGGACUGGGAUUGUGCGCCCUCCGCUGAAAUUCAUCUGUAGAGAUCCUCCCGUCGAGAUAGAAGACGAUCUCAAUCAGCGCCAGACUUAUACGAUCGACCUUAUCCAUCGCGGACUCGACAUGGAGAGCGUGGGGCCACUCUUGGAGACGUGGGAUACGCUCAACGUUUACUGCGAAAUCUUCAAACUCGACUCUUUUACCUUUGACGACUUUCUCGAAGCGAUGCAGGUUGCUUAUACUAGCGGUCCUGUUCAGCUGUUUGAUGAGAUUCAUUGCUCGGUUUUGAAGAUUCUCGUUGAUUCUGAGACUGACGGCGGCAAGGUGCGAAUCACGUUGCCAGAGGUGGAAGAAGAGGACAGCGACGAAGACGAGGACGAGGAAGAUGAGGGUGAGGAAGAGAGUGGGGAAGAAGAUGCUGCUCAGCCAGAGGAUAUUCCCGUGGCCAGAGCUACGCGCAGUAGCCUGGCAAAAAUCGAAGCGGAGAGGCUGGCAGCUGAAGCAGCAGCUGCUGAGGAGGAAGAGGCUCGAGCGGAGCAGGAGACCAAGAACCGGGCAGAAGAGCUCAUGAAGGAGUUUGACUGGAUUGAGCACCUGCGAAAACGGAACUUUCAGGAUGGCGGCUGGCAGAGAAUUAUAGUUGGUCUGCUGCACCAACUCUCCAAGAAUGAGCGCCAACACAAGGCAUGCGAGGAGCUGUUGCAAAAACUCGUACCCUCUGAGAUGGUGCCAUCCCCGGAGAACGUGAAGAAGCAGUAUACCGCGCUGGACAUCAACAAUCGCGUCAAGGCCCUGCAGAUUAUCUGCAUGCUGACCAUGGAGACAAAAGCUGUGCGCGGCUACAUGGAAGACUGCAGCGAGACAAUGACCAAAUACCGCAAAGACAAAAUUGAGUGGCAGCGACAGCGAAAGCAAGUAACUGAAGAGCUUAGACAGCUGAACGAACAGCGUAAACUAUUGAUGCCCGAAAAUGAACCUGUGGAAGAAACAAAUGGUACCCCUGUCAAGGAAGAAAUCGACGUCAAGAUGGCAGAUGCGGAUGAAUCAGUCAUUAGCAAAGAUGACGAAGCUGAAGACGAUCAAGAUGAGAGCUCCAAGAAGAAGCGCCGGGGUCGUGUCUUGACAGAUAAGAAGAAGAAACAUGAAGAAGAGGAGAAGCUCAAAAAGGCCAAAGAAAAAGCGCUGGAAAAGGCCAAGCCGCAGCAGUCGAAGCAGUACAUCAAACUCUUAAAAGACAUACAAAAGAAGGAGGAUAUCAUCAAAAAGUGCGAGGAGGAAGUCGCCAUCAUCGACAACGAUCUACGCGAGGCCGACUGCCCACGAACCCGCGUACUCGGAAAAGACAGAUUUUGGAAUCGGUACUACUGGUUUGAGCGAAACGGUAUGCCCUAUGCUGGGCUGCCCGACAGCUCUACGGCACAUGCUGGAUACGCAAACGGAUGUAUCUGGGUUCAAGGCCCGGAUGACUUGGAACGGGAGGGAUACAUUGAUCUUCCUGCUGAGCUUCAGAAUGAGUACCAAGCCAAGUUCAACAUGACAGUUCCCGAGAGGAAGACGAUGGAAGAGGGCGGAAGCAGCGUUUUCACCGCCAAGCAAUGGGGCUACAUCUCCGAACCAGAAGAGCUGGACCAGCUCAUCAAAUGGCUGGAUCCCCGAGGUUUCAACGAGAUCAAGUUGCGAAAGGAAUUGGUUGCCUAUAGAGAGAGGAUAGCCACGCACAUGAAACAUCGAAUCAAAUGGAUCACCGGCAAAGAUCUGGAAGCUGAAGAAGACGACAAGAAGGAUGAGUCGAAGGAUGAGUCAACGCGAGUAGGAACCAGACCAAGAGCUCGGGAUAGGACACCAGAGUAUCGCAAUCCUUUUCGCUGUCUGCAGUGGGAGAACACGAUGGCUCUGGACGAGCUGGGUCAUCUGCACAGCGAGCCGCCUCCACCUCCGCGAUCCAGGAAGCAGACGAAGAAGCGAGAAGCUAUGGCUGAACCAGCAUCAAGACCAGCCACCAAGACCCGCCGCAAGUAA